AUGAAGUCCUUUAUCGCACCCAUGUCCCUCCUCUCCCUGGCUCUGGCCACCAUGGGCGACGCCGCCAACGUCCGUCGCGCCACCGAGAUCUGUGACCAGUAUGGCUCAACCAAGGCCGGCGACUUCACCAUCUUCAACAACCUCUGGAACCUCGCCAAGGACCCCAACGCCAAGCAGUGCACCGGCGUGGACUCGAGCAAUGGCAACACCAUCGCCUGGCACACCAAGUAUUCGUGGGGCGGUUCCGCUAAGAACGAGGUCAAGAGCUACGCCAAUGCCGCGCUGAACUUCACCCCUAAGGUCCUGAGUACUGUCAGCAGCAUCAAGUCCGCCUGGGAAUGGAGCUACUCCACCUCCGACAUCGUCGCCGAUGUCGCGUACGACUUGUUCCUCAGCUCUACUCCUGACGGGAGCGAGGAGUACGAGAUCAUGGUGUGGCUUGCAGCCCUGGGUGGUGCCGGCCCGAUCUCGUCCACUGGCAAGCCCAUCGCGACCGUCAAUAUCAGUGGCUCCGAGUGGGAUGUGUGGGUCGGUCCCAACGGUCAGAUGACUGUCUACAGCUUCGUCGCCAAGUCUACCAUGAACAAGUACAACGGUGACCUGUUGGACUUCUUCAAGUACCUCAUCAAGGACCAGGGUCUGGACAGCAGCAAGUACUUGAAGACUGUGCAGGCUGGUACUGAGCCUUUCAUUGGGACCGCUGACUUCACUGUGCCUUCUUACUCUGUUUCCCUUGUUUAA